AUGGAUCAAAAAGUGGAAGCAGUUUCGAAAGAUCAAAACAACGUUAAUCACGAUACAAGUAGAAAACGUAACAAUAACAACACUAAUAAUAAUAAUAAUAAUAAUAAUAAUAAUAAUAAUAAUAAUAAUAAUCAAAACAUCAAUCACCGUACUGAUAGUAAUAACAAUAACAAUAACAAUCACGAUGAUAACGAAGAACUAUUAAAACAAAAAAUAUUAAAGAAAAUCAAAAUACUACAAUUAUCCAGAAAACUUAAAAGUAACUUGAUAAAAGCUUCAGCGUUUAACAGAAGAAAAGUAAUUGCUGAGGAUGUUAAUAGCAAUUGCAGUAGCAAAGCAAUAGUGCCUAGAAAAGCAGUGUUUAAGAUCAAUAAAACGCCACCUAGAAAAAAAAAGACAAGAACCAUUAGUAGCUCGCCAUUGAAGUCAUGUAUAUAUGUUUAUAAUGAAGAACAUGAUAAAGAAGAAGAUAUAAAUGAUGGAAAGAAAGUGAAUGGAUUUUUACAACAGCUUAAGAAUACAAGGAAUUCAGAUAGUGAAGGUGAAAGAGAAGAGAAAGAUAGAAGUACGAAAGAUGUUGAAGGAGCAGAUUUGUUAAUGUAUUUGGCAGGAAGUCCAUCACCUCGAAAGGAAGUAAGUAGAUCAUCGUCAUCGAUUAUAACGUCUACACCAAUGAGGGAAUUUAGUAGGAGAUCGAGGGCCAGCUCGCCUAGUUUUUAUAUAAAUUUCAGUCCAGUUUCAUUAGAAAAGAAGCCAGGGAAAGUUGGAGAGGAUGAUAGAGAAAGUAAAAGUGAGAAAGAGAAAAACAGGAAAAAAGAAUGA